AUGUCCCGCAAGGCGCGCGCGGGCGCCGCCGAGUACACGCUGCGCAGCCUGGGCGGCCUGAUGGGCGAGCAGGACGCGGGCGGCGGCACGGGCGAGCGCAGCCUGCUGGCGGGCGCGGGGGGCGCGGAGCUGGAGCGCGCGGCGCGGCGGCGCUUCCAGCAGGGCGAGACCCCGGCGCUGGUGUACGUGGCGGCCGGCUGCUCGGCGCUGGGCGGCUUCCUGCUGGGCUACGACACCGGCGUGGUGUCGGGCGCGCUGCUGCUGCUGCGCCGCCGCCUGCGCCUGUCGGCGCUGUGGCAGGAGCUGCUGGUGUCGGGCGCGGCGGGCGCGGCCGCGGGGUCGGCGCUGGCCGGGGGCGCCCUCAACGGGGCGCUGGGCCGCCGCGCCGCCGUGCUGCUGGCCAGCGCGCUCUGCACGGUCGGCUCGGCGCUGCUGGCCGCCGCCGGCGACAAGGAGACGCUGCUGGCCGGACGCCUGGUCGUGGGGCUCGGCAUCGGCAUCGCCUCCAUGACGGUGCCCGUAUACAUCGCUGAGGUCUCCCCACCCAGCCUCCGUGGUCGCUUUGUCACCGUCAACACCCUGUUCAUCACGGGCGGGCAGUUCUUCGCCAGUGUGGUGGACGGCGCCUUCAGCUCUCUCCCUGAGGACGGCUGGAGGUACAUGUUGGGGCUAGCAGCCAUUCCUGCCGUGAUACAGUUCUUUGGCUUCCUCUUUUUACCUGAAAGUCCUCGGUGGCUCAUUCAGAAAGGUCAGACUCAGAAGGCCCGGCGGAUUCUGUCUCAGAUGCGUGGUAACCAGACCAUCGAUGAGGAAUAUGACAGCAUCAAAAACAACAUUGAAGAGGAGGAGAAAGAGGUCGGCUCAGCUGGACCUGUGAUCUGCAGAAUGCUGAGUUACCCCCCAACUCGCCGGGCUUUAAUUGUGGGGUGUGGUCUGCAAAUGUUCCAACAGCUCUCAGGCAUUAACACCAUCAUGUACUACAGUGCCACUAUCCUUCAGAUGUCUGGUGUGGAGGAUGACAGACUCGCCAUAUGGCUGGCCUCCAUUACUGCCUUUACCAACUUCCUCUUCACGCUGCUGGGAGUCUGGCUGGUGGAGAGACUGGGCCGCAGGAAGCUGACCUUUGGGAGCCUGGCAGGAACCACUGUAGCGCUCAUUGUCCUGGCUCUGGGGUUUCUGCUGUCUGCCCAGGUAUCGCCACAUGUCACUCUCAAGCCAGGGGGUCCUACAGGCCAGAACGCUUCUUGUACAAGAUACAGCUUCUGUGACGAAUGUAUGCUGGACCCCGAGUGUGGCUUCUGCUACAGCAUGAACAAAUCCACCAUCACUGAAUCUUCCUGUGACCCUGUUAACAAGGCAUCAACCACCGAGGCAGCCUGGGGCCGGUGUGCAAAUGAAACCAAAUUCAAAGCAGAAGAUGUAUUUUGGGCUUACAAUUUCUGCCCCACGCCCUACUCCUGGACUGCACUUCUGGGCCUCAUUUUAUAUCUUAUUUUCUUUGCACCUGGAAUGGGGCCAAUGCCAUGGACUGUAAAUUCUGAAAUCUAUCCUCUUUGGGCAAGAAGCACGGGAAAUGCCUGCUCAUCUGGAAUAAACUGGAUCUUCAAUGUCUUGGUGUCGCUGACAUUUUUACACACAGCAGAGUAUCUUACAUACUAUGGCGCCUUCUUCCUAUAUGCUGGAUUUGCUGCUCUGGGACUCCUUUUCGUCUAUGGCUGCCUUCCUGAGACCAAGGGGAAAAAAUUAGAGGAAAUUGAAUCUCUCUUUGACCACAGGCUAUGUACGUGUGGUGCUUCCGAUUCUGAAGAAGGAAGGUACAUUGAAUAUAUUCGAGUGAAGGGAAGUAACUAUCAUCUUUCUGACAAUGAUGCUUCUGAUGUGGAGUAGCAGCUGCUGGCCGAUGUCCUUGUCGGAUAGGCCUGGGGGGAGCAGCAAGCCGGCAGCCUCACUGCCCUCCCUCUAAUCUGGUUCUUCCCACUACCCCACUGGAAUGACUUCAGGAGGAAGUGACAACUGACUUUUUGUGUGUGUG